AUGGAUUCAACCAAAGAUUUCACUACCGAGAUACGCUAUGUUCACAAAGAUCCCCUUUUUAAGAGGGAGAAACCAUACAGCGCGGACUUUGAUCCUGGAGAUGGCAAGCCGCAGACUAACCAUGUUUCCAGCUCAACGGCAAUGCUGAUCCGGCACAUAAGCCCUCAUGAGUCAUUCGAUCUCAAUGUUCAUGGGUUUUGUGUGUUAAAAUCUUCAUCCACUGUGUCACCGGAGGGUAUCCUCAUGCGUCCUCGCGAAGUUGAAGAUGUAUGCUUCAAGGAGGCCGAAGCACUUCUUCAGACACACUUUCCUGAGUACGAGCGGAUUGACGCGAUGAGUCUCACAGUCCGCAAGAGAGACGUUCGAUUUCCUGCUAUACAAGGUAGCCCAGCUCACCUCGUAACGCACGAACAGCCUGCUACACGCCCGCAUUGCGACUACUCGAUUCGGGGUGUAGCGACACAGUUGCAAAUGUGCUUCCCAGGGCAAUUGGAGUUCUUCGAUGGUAAAGACUAUGAUCUUCUGAACAUAUGGCGCCCUCUGACAGGCCCGAACGACGAUUAUCCACUGACGCUUUGCGACUAUACUUCAAUCGCUCCAGAUGAUAUUUUUGACAGUGAUGCCGUUCACCGGGAUCGAGUGAGCGAGAAUUCGCUCCUUCACCCAAACAAGAAGCACAGAUGGCAUUAUAUUGCAGGGCAAAUGCCAGAUGAUAUCCUUGUGUUUAGGAACACUGAUUCGAAGGGAACGCGGCCUCGGGCAUUUCACUGCGCAGUGAACAAUCCGCUGUCCAAAUCACCCCUACGCCAGAGCAUGGAGAUUCGUUUCGUGGCGUUCCGCCGACCCGAAGCAAUUGUCUCAUGA